GGCAACUGGAGGCGGCAGGGGCGUCGACGGAGAAAGAGCUGAACAAAGAUUGAACGUCAGGCUGGGCGUGAGCCGCGGAGCCCCACGGGAAAAGGCCGUCUGAGCCGGGCACCAUCCCCACGGAGAGCACGUGGGCUCUUCCAGGGUAGCAGGUCUGGCCGCUGGUGGUGGUGGUGCCGCUGUCUCUCUCUCUCGCUCUCUCCUGUUCAAAGCCCUGGCAAAACAAGCGCUUCAAGUUUGAGGGCUCUGAUGCUCAAAAGACAACUGCAGCCAGGCUUUGCCGUGCGGGAUCUCUACGGGGAAUACAGCGCGACCAGCCCAGAUGGAUGUAAUUAUAGGCGUUUGGGUUUGCCUGGCAGCUGCAAGAACAGUUGUAGGCUUUGGAAUGGACCCCAACUUACAAAUUGAUAUUAUCACAGAACUGGAUCUUGUCAACAUGACUAUUGGAGUUACACAGGUGUCUGGACUGCAUAAUGCCAGCAAAGCAUUUUUAUUUCAAGCUAUAGAUAGAGAAAUCCACGCAGCACCCCACACAAGUGAGAAGUUAAUUCAGCUCUUCCGGAAUAAAAGCGAGUUCACAUUUCUGGCCACUUUCCAGCAGCGGGCAUCGACUUCAGGAGUCAUUCUGUCUAUCCGAGAGUUGGAGCACAGUUACUUUGAACUGGAAAGCAGUGGCCUGAGAGAUGAAAUAAGAUACCACUACAGAUUUAAUGGAAAGUCAAGAACAGAAGUAUUUCCGUAUCGGCUAGCAGAUGGACAGUGGCAUAAGAUUGCAUUGUCACUGAGUGCCUCCCACCUCCUGCUUCAUGUGGACUGCAGUAGGAUUUAUGAACGUGUUAUAGAUCCUCCAGAAACACAUUUGACUCCAGGAAGCAAUUUGUGGCUUGGACAGCGUAACAGGAAACACGGAUUCUUUAAGGGUAUCAUUCAAGAUGCGAAAAUCAUCUUUAUGCCUAAUGGAUAUAUAACACAGUGUCCUAAUCUGAAUCGCACCUGUCCAACCUGCAGUGACUUCUUAAGCCUGGUACAAGGAAUUAUGGAUUUACAAGAACUUCUGGCUAAAAUGACAGCAAAACUAAAUUAUGCAGAAAUGAGGCUUAGUCAGUUGGAAAACUGUCACUGUGAGAAGACUUGUCAAGUAAAUGGAAUGAUCUAUCGAGACAAAGACUCAUGGGUAGAAGAUGAUCACUGCAGGAACUGCACAUGCAAAAGUGGAGUAGUGGAGUGCCGACGGAUGGCCUGCCCACCAUUGAACUGUUCUCCUGAUGGCCUUCCAGUCCAUGUAACAGGCCAGUGCUGCAAAGUGUGCAAGUCCAAAUGCAUCUAUGGAGGAAAAGUGUUGGCAGAAGGUCAGAGGAUUUUAACUAAGAACUGCAGAGAAUGUCGUAAUGGAGUUUUAGUAAAAGUAACAGAGACGUGUCCUCCAUUGAACUGCUCAGAAAAAGACUACAUCCACCCAGAGAAUCAGUGCUGCAGCGUUUGCAAAGGUCAUAAUUUUUGUGCACAAGGACACAGAUGUGGAGAAAACUCAGAGUGCAGAAAUUGGAACACACGAGCUACUUGUGAAUGCAAAAGUGGUUAUGUCUCUGUCCAAGGGGAUUCUGCCUAUUGUGAAGAUAUUGAUGAGUGUGCUGCUAAGAUGCAUUAUUGUCAUGCCAACACAGUGUGUGUUAACCUGCCUGGAUCAUAUCGCUGUGACUGUGUCCCAGGAUAUAUCCGCGUUGAUGAUUUCUCAUGUACAGAACGUGAUGAAUGUGACAGCGGACAGCACAACUGUGAUGAGAACGCAAUCUGUACUAACACAGUCAGGGGACACAGCUGCACCUGCAAACCUGGAUAUGUAGGGAAUGGGACCAUCUGCCGAGCAUUUUGUGAAGAAGGAUGCAGAUACGGUGGGACAUGUGUAGCCCCUAAUAAUUGUGCCUGUCCUUCUGGAUUCACAGGAAGUCAUUGUGAGAAAGAUAUUGAUGAGUGUGCUGAGGGCAUCAUUGAAUGUCACAACCAUUCACGCUGUGUUAACCUCCCAGGGUGGUACCACUGUGAGUGCAGAAGCGGUUUCCAUGACAAUGGAACCUAUUCACUUUCCGGGGAGUCCUGUGUUGAUAUUGAUGAAUGUGCCUUAAGGACUCACACCUGUUGGAACGACUCAGCCUGUGUGAACCUGGCAGGAGGGUUUGAUUGCCUCUGUCCAUCUGGACCGUCCUGUUCUGGUGACUGCCCGCAUGAAGGAGGCCUGAAACGGAAUGGCCAGGUAUGGACUUUGAAGAAAGACAGAUGCUCUGUUUGCUCCUGUAAGGAUGGCAAGAUAUUCUGUCGACGAACUGCUUGUGAUUGUCAGAAUCCCAGUGUUGAUUUCUUUUGUUGCCCAGAAUGUGACACAAGAGUAACCAGUCAGUGUUUAGACCAGAAUGGGCACAAGCUGUACCGAAGUGGUGACAAUUGGAAAUACAGCUGUCAACAGUGCCGCUGUCUGGAAGGUGAAGUAGAUUGUUGGCCCCUUGCCUGUCCAACUCUGAACUGUGACUACACAGCAACAUCAGAAGGCGAAUGUUGCCCUCGGUGUGUCAGCGACCCUUGUUUGGCUGAUAACAUUACUUAUGAUAUUAGAAAAACCUGUCUAGAUGGCUAUGGAAUAACACGGCUCGGUGGCUCUGUAUGGACAAUGCUUGGAUCUCCUUGUACAACCUGCAAAUGCAAGAAUGGAAACGUCUGUUGCUUUGUGGAUUUAGAAUGUCUUCACAAUAACUGAAGUGUAAAGCUGGGACUCUUCUUUUUGUGAGGAAAACUGAUGCAAUUUCCCACUUCUGAAACGAAUGCAGUUGUAAGAGAUGGGAGUUUUAUACAACAGACAAUUACCAAAGUCUCCGCCUGAGGAAGAUAUUUGGGAGUUGCCUUUGGGACCUACCACUACGCGCGCAUCCUUGCUAGGCUUCUCUCGGGUGACUUUUACAGUACAAUGCAUAUAAAUCAAUGGUUGUUAAAAGUUUUGAGUGUUGUAAAUUACACCCCUUUUUCUGUCAAAUCAUUUGCAAAUGCGUUGGAAUUAUUCCAUCAGUAAAAGACGAUGUAUUUAUUUGAUUAAGUUGUGUACAAAACAUAAUGAUGGAAAUUCCCGUUUUAUUUUAGGUUAGAUCGAGGUUCUACAAAAUAAGGCUGCCUGUUGUGGUUUUGUCCCAUACUAUUGCCUAUUUAGUUCUGAGGUCCCUGUCAGAUGUAUUUAUGAAAAUAUGUAUGUAUGUACAGUCAAAUUGCAUAGUACUUAUAUUUCAUAGCUGUCAAACAUUGUAAAACAUUCCAAGGUACAUUUGAUUUGUACAGGCUGGAAGCAAUCAAACCUCAGCCUAUCUUUAUGAAAAAAAAAAUGAAAUAAAUAAAUAAAAAGGAAUAAUGUCACAAGUUUAAUGAAGUGGCAAAAAGCACUUUCUUUUGCAGACAAAUGAGCUAACAGCAAAAUUCCCAUGUGGAGAAAUAGAGAAAGAAUGUCACUGUUUUCAUCAGCACCACUCCAGAACGUACCCACAAAACCAUGCCACUUAUCAACAUUAGGCUUAGUGGAGUGUUGUAGUUUGCAAGUCAACAACAAACAUUGGAUGUGGGUGUAAUUCA